CACAACCACCAGACUCAGGAGUGUAUACAGUGAAUUAACUUGGGAACCCAUCUCUUAUAGUAAGUACUAUACUGUGGUGAUCUUCAUAUAUAGCUCAGUGGUCUCAUGUUUCUUUGCUUAUGCAUGCUGGUUUUCUGGCUGUAACGAUUUAUGAUUUUUACUUUUAUUUUCAAACAGACAGGUGAAAUGGCUGGUGAAAAUAUCACCUUGGACUCUGAAACCGAAAACUCUCCGAACCAGAGCUGUGAUGUGUUUGUCUACCAAAGAGCUGCCGUAGUCCUCUUCCCAAUUUUCUACUCUGUGGUUUUCAUUAUCAGUACAAGUGGAAACAGCUUGGUACUCUAUGUCAUCUGCCAGAGGAAACAGAAGUUCAACUCCACCUCAAUCUAUCUGGUCAACCUAGCAUUGUCUGAUACCCUGUUCACACUGGCACUGCCUGGCAGAAUUAUUUACUACAUCCGUCACUUUGACUGGCCCUUUGGUGACAUUCUCUGCAGACUGACAACACUUCUCUUCUUUGCAAAUACGUAUGCAGGCAUUGGCUUCAUGACCUGUAUCAGUCUGGAUCGAUACCUGGCCAUGGUGCAUCCACAAAGGCUACAGUGGUUGCGGAGUGUGAGUGUGGUUCGCAGGGUCUCCUGCCUGGUCUGGGCUCUGGUAUCCCUGGAGGUAGCUCCUCUGAUGUUCCGCAGCAUGCUGCGUGAGCACCAGGGAAAACAAACUUGUAUGGAGUACUUCAACUUUGACGGCUCCCGCUUCACCCCAUAUCUCCUGCUUCUGGCCUGUACCAUCUCAUUCUGCUGUCCACUCAUCAUCAUCAUGGGCUGCUACGCCAAGAUCAACCUGAAGCUGCGAGCUGCAGCCAAGCAGAACUCUGUAACUGGUCGAUCAAGGAGGAAUCAUAGGGCCAACACCAUUAUUCUCCUCAUCCUCCUCACUUUUAUCACUUGCUUUAGCCCUUACCACCUCAACGUUAUGCAGUUUAUGUCCAGAAAGAUACACCAUCAGGCAACCUGCGAAGAGCUGAGAGCCUUUAAGGUGUCCUUACAGAUCACAGUUUCUCUAAUGAACUUCAACUGCUGCUUGGACCCAGUCAUCUACUUCUUUGCCAUUAAGACCUACAAGAAACGGGUGUUGAGCCUGUUUAAAGACUAUCUGUAUGCUUCCGGUGCCUCCUCCAAAAUGACAGCUGAGAACAGCAGCAGCAACACCUGAGAGAAACCACAGCUGAGCUUACAGGAUACACACAACCAGUGUCGCAGAGAAGACCUAGUUCACUCUGUUGAACUCAAAAAGGCCUAUUUUAGUCUCUCUGUUCAGAAGUCUUUUACUUUUUGUGACAAUUUUGCAUGUAUUUAUGUUGUUAUGUUCUUUAAAAUGCAAAACAGAAUCUUCACUUCUGUUUGAGAACACUGUAUACAAUUUAUUGUUCCAUAUGUAUUCGAUUUUUCUUUUUAAAUAAUGGUGUAGCCUUUUUUGUUAACAUGCCUGUGUGAUACAGUAGUUUAAUACAAUAAUGUAAAAAUUAAUUUUGGUGAAUCAGUUUAAUUGUGUAUAUGUGAAGGGUGACGUAUAUGGCCUCACCUAUUGAGCUAUGCUUUUUUGUUAAC